UGAAACAAGCAAAUUGGUUAUGAGCAGUUUCAAAGUCACCAAGAAUCUUCUAACAAACAGAGAACCUUUUGAGUGUCCUUCAACUGUAUCAGAGGACUCUUCAACUGUAUCAGAGGACUACAAGUGUCCUUUCCAUCUAUCCAAGAGGCAAUAAAAUACUAUUUUUUUAGUUUAAUGUUUGUUUAUACACAGAUCAUACCAGGCUCAUCAUCUCCAUAAUGCGAUCAGCUGCGUCUGUUAGACGAUCAAUGUCGACCAUAUCAAGUUCAAUGUCGAUCAAACACGGGAUUUCACUGUGGUGUCCUCAAUCUCCGUCGCUCAAUCGUCAGCACUCUGGUGUGGUUUAUUCGAGAACGAGAAGCCUCCACCGGAGAAACUUCGUCGUUUCUGCAUCAUCCUCUUUUGCUAAUGAGAAUCGAGAAUUUGUGAUAGUUGGAGGUGGAAAUGCUGCUGGAUAUGCAGCAAGGACUUUUGUCGAACAUGGAAUGGCCGAUGGAAAGCUCUGCAUCGUUUCCAAAGAGGCAUAUGCUCCAUAUGAGCGCCCUGCUCUAACAAAAGGUUAUCUAUUUCCUUUAGACAAAAAGCCAGCUCGUUUGCCUGGUUUUCAUACUUGUGUGGGUUCAGGAGGUGAGAGGCAAACUCCUGAUUGGUAUAAGGAGAAAGGGAUAGAGAUGAUUUAUGAAGAUCCAGUGACAACAAUUGAUGCAAAGAAUCAAACAUUGACAACAAAUUCAGGAAAAAUUCUCAAAUAUGGAUCACUCAUAGUUGCCACAGGGUGCACUGCAUCUAGAUUUCCAGAGAAAAUUGGGGGAAACUUACAUGGAGUUCACUAUAUACGCGAUGUUGCUGAUGCAGAUUCAUUAAUAUCAUCACUGGGGAAAGCACAAAAAGUAGUUAUCGUUGGUGGUGGCUAUAUUGGCAUGGAAGUUGCAGCUGCUACUGUUGCAUGGAAUCUUGACACAACUGUUAUAUUUCCAGAAAACCAUCUUUUACCAAGGCUGUUUACUCCUUCACUAGCCCAAAAAUAUGAAGAACUCUACCAACAGAGUGGUGUCAAGCUCAUGAAGGGUGCAUCUAUAAAAAGCUUGGAAUCAGGUCCUGAUGGAAAUGUGACAGGUGUGAAACUUGAAAAUGGAUCUACCAUUGAAGCAGACUUGGUUGUUAUUGGUAUUGGAGCAAAACCUGCUGUGGGUCCCUUUGAAAAAGCUGUUACCUUAAAUUCAACUGUUGGUGGGAUAGAGGUUGAUGGCCUGUUCAGAAGCAAUGUACCAGGAAUAUUCGCUAUUGGUGAUGUGGCAGCAUUCCCACUCAAAAUGUAUGAUAGGAUAUCACGUGUAGAACAUGUGGAUCAUGCGCGUGGUUCAGCACAGCAUUGUGUAAAAGCUUUACUAACUGCACAAACUCACAAUUAUGAUUAUCUUCCUUAUUUCUAUUCGAGAGUUUUUGAAUAUGAAGGAAGUUCAAGAAAAGUAUGGUGGCAAUUUUUUGGAGAUAAUGUUGGAGAAGCAAUUCAAAUUGGGAAUUUCGAUCCAAAAAUUGCUACAUUUUGGUUGGAUUCUGGUAAAUUGAAGGGUGUUCUUCUUGAAAGUGGAUCUCCAGAGGAGUUCCAACUGCUUCCUAAACUUGCAAGGAGUCAACCAUCAAUUGACAAAGUCAAACUUCAAAAUGCAGCUUCUGUUGAGGAAGCCCUUGAGAUUGCGGGAGCUUCUUUAUAGGGAAAAAGGCAGAGUGUAUUACGACAGAUUUAUCUCGAGAGAGGUCAGGAUGUGCAACAUGUAAUGCACAAGGUACAACAUGCAGAGCAUCUUCUUGGUUGCAUUGUAUUUAUAAAGCUUAUAUAUGUGAAUUUCCCUUUUUGCCCUAAACAUGAUGGCUGUAAUGAAUCAUUGCAACGGGAAUUAUACAUAAGUUGAGUAAAAUAAAAAGUAAUAAUUUUCUUAGCUUCAUGUGUAGAACGGAAAUUAUACAUAAGUUGAGGUGUAAUAAAAAGUAAUAAGUUUCUUAA